UGCGCCGAGCCGGUAACAGACGUGCGGAAGGGUUGGGUUACACCGCUGGGAGAUUGCGGCCAGUGACUGUACAGUGAGAACAAAACAGUCACGUAAGAGACAGGAAUGGCGCUUCGAGAUGAGCUUUUGAAAGUGAUCUGGCAUGCAUUUACCGCUCUAGACGUCGACAAAUGUGGAAAAGUGUCCAAAUCUCAACUCAAGGUUCUUUCUCACAGUCUUUGCACAGUGUUGCAAGUACCUCAUAAUCCAGUGGCUUUGGAAAACCAUUUUAAGGACGAUGAUGAAGGACCAGUUUCUAACCAGGGAUACAUGCCGUAUUUGAACAGAUUUAUCUUGGAUAAGGUUCAACCAAACAGCUUUGAUAAAUCUGACUUCAAUAGGAUGUGCUGGACUCUCUGUGUCAAGAAAAAUCUGAACCGCAACAAUUUACUGAUCAGUGAUGAUGAUACUUUUAAAGUUUGGUGUAUCUUCAACUUCCUUUCAGAAGAUGUGUAUCCUCUCAUCAUAGUCCCAGAAGAGAUUGAAUAUUUCCUGCGGAAACUGACUGAAGCAAUGGGAGUUAAUUGGCAGCAGGAGCAGUUUGAAGACUACAGAGCUCAUCUUGGUGCCAAGCAGAGUGGCCUUUCUGCAUGGGAGUUCAUUGAACUGAUUGGCUCUGGCCUGUUCUCUAAGGGCAUGAACAGACAAACGUUGUCCAUGGCAAUCAAUGAAGUUUACUGUGAGCUCAUUCUGGAUGUGCUGAAACAGGGUUAUCUAUGGAAAAAAGGACACAAAAGGAAGAACUGGAAUGAGCGUUGGUUUUUACUGAAGCCUGAUAUAAUUUCGUAUUAUGUUGGUGAAGAUCUGAAAGAGAAGAAAGGAGAUAUUUUAUUGGGCUCCAGAUGCUAUGUGGAGUCUCUACCAGACAAAGAUGGAAGGAAAUGCCUCUUGAUGAUCAAAUGCGCUGAUAAAAGUUUCGAAAUUAGUGCAUCCGACAAGAAGAAGAAACAAGAAUGGAUCCAAGCUAUUCAAACAGCCAUCAACUUUUUGAGGGACCAGAGACUUCCUCCACACAAGGAAGGACGACAGAAACGGCGAGAGCUACGACAGAAAAUACAAGCAGAGCAAGAGGAGAUAGCACAACGAAUGAAAGAGCUGCAAAUGGCAAACGAAGACAAACAGCAAGAAUUGGAGAAAAUGCGGAAGGAACUGGAGGAUGCUGCAACACAGGCUGCUCUUGAGGAGAAAAGACGCCUACAGACACAAAUGCAGCUGCAAGAUCGAUUCAGACAGGAACUGGAACGAGAAAAAAAUAUCAGAGAGCAGAUGGAAGAGCAAGUAGCUCAGAAGUCUACUGAACUGCAACAGUACUUGCAACGUGUGAAGGAACUGGAAGAAAUGUACAAAAGGCUGGAGGAAGCCCUUGAGGAUGAGCGUCAGGCUCGGCAAGAGGAGGAAUCUGUCCGAAAACUUCAGGCCAGAUUGCUGGAAGAGGAGUGCAGCAAACGACUGGAUUUGGAGAGGCUACAUUUAAAACAACAACAAACCAUACAAACUACAGAAGCAGAAAAGCAAGAACUGGAAAACCAGAGGGCAAUGAAAGAUCGAGCAUUAGAGGCAGCAAUGAAGCAACUGGAUGAACUUGAGCGGGAGAGGAAACAUGCGCUUGAGCAAUAUGGGGAAGCAGCAAAAAAAUUAGAGCUGGCAACUAGCAAAACAAAGAACUGGAAGGCCAAGGUGGCUCAACAUGAAGGAUUGCUGCGACUUAUAGAGCCAGGUCCAAAGGGCCGUCAGCUAAUCACUAAUUGGGGACCAGCUGCCUUCACAGAGGCUGAGUUGAACCUGCGGGAAAAGAGCUGGCAAAAACAGAAAAAUAGUGCAAUGCAGUAAUCUAUUAUUUCAUAACAGAUCAAAGUUUUACACUGUUGUGACAGGCUACACACUGGAAUAAAAUGCUAUGGACAUGUUCAUUGUGGAAGCAGAACUGUUUUGAAAAUGUUAUGCAAAGGAGUAUUUUAUACUAAAAUCUUAAUGUGUUGGAACCUCAAAUGUAUGCUGGCACACAGAGCAAAGGACAGCUUGUUUGUAGUUGAUAUGAAGUUCUGUUAGACUUUUCAAUAAAUAUUGUCAAGUUAAUUUUAAAUACAUUUAAAGUUUGCUUUCAGCAUUCUGUAAUUUUUAUACUUGGCUUGAAACUGAUUUUUUUUUGCUUGCUUCAGUUCUUAGCUGCACUGUUGUAUUAACUUUGCACUGAGCUGGAUGUGUGACUGAUUUGAUUUAGUUAUGUAAUUUUGUUGUGUCAUAGGAUAAAUUGGUUUUGUUAUUAGUUUUAUUCACAGCACUAAUCUCAAUUCACAAUCUUUUACUCUCCAUUAGAACUGUAACAAAACAGUCAGCUAAGGCUGUAGUGUUCACAAAAUGUGAUGCUGAAUGCAUGAAGUACAAAUUUGCCCAAGGCACUCCAAUCGACAGCUAUCCAUUUGCAGGAAGAAGAAAAGAAAUCCUAUACUUUUUUAAUAACUUGCCUUUCAUAUUCACAAUGUCAUUACUGAUGUAAUUUGCCAAAAGACCUUUGUCUGGCAAUAUUUAACCUGUUUGAUGUUCUGUUUAAGGACAGCCAGUGCAGAUAUGAUGGGCUAAAUGGCCUGUUUCUGUGCUGUAAUAAUUCUGGUUUUUGUUGUGUACUAUUUGUAUCGAAAAGAUCGUAAAUGUUCAGAUGACAAUGUAUGAUUUUCUUGCAUAGCUCCUUAUUUGUUUUACAAGUGAUACUUUCUAAACCUUAAAAUAACUAGGCUAUUUAAAUUAGGAUUGAUUUAAAUAGAAGUGUCAAUAAUAACGGAUAUUAUGAAAAUGUGCACUGAACAAUUGGACUUUCUUGCAGAUUAGAGAGACUGGUCCAACAUGACAUGGACUUAGUCAUGCCAAAAAUUUUACCCGGGGUAGAACCUGUUAAAAACUUUAAAACUAUUUGCUGAGUUGGGAUGACUUGGAAGCCCUUUAAAAAUGGUGGACAGGUGCUGCAUCGGGAAUCCCUGACCCCUGUUCUGGGCUGUCUGAUUUUCACCAAGGCCUUUUAAGGUUGAAGGUACGGGUUAUGGACUUACCUCCUGCCAUCCUAGUUGACUCCAGCUUGUGAGGCAUUUUCAGCUCCUUUGUAAUUGUUGUGGAAUUGGGAGUUGGAAUCGUGAAGCACAGACUGUACCAGGAAACCUUUUAAAACAUAAGUUCAAAAAGUCCCUCAAAUGCCCGAAAUGCUAAGCUGUGACAUUUUUAUGCUGUUUGGUUCAAAGAACCCUAUAGUGCAAACAGGAUGCUGUUUCUAAAAAUACUUCUAAAAAGAUUAAAUCAUAACUUGGCAAUAUUUUAAAAAAGACUUUUUUUUACUACGAGAGUAAAAGUGCUGAUCCAUGCCAUUAAAUGUCUCAAUAGCAGAAACUACGGCAUUUGUUCUGAAAAACAUUGUCUUAUUGAGCUGUCAAUAAAACAAUACUUUCCCCAGGAUUAUCUGUUUCAACAGUUUAAUGGAAUCUCAGCUAAGUUGCAUUCUUGAACUAGUGGUCCAUUGGUUCUAUACAGUGCAUUAUGAGCCAAUGGAUCUAGAAGUACCAUAGGGAUUACAGGGGUUGGGUGCAGGGGUAUAGUAUGCCAUGGAAGCAGCUGGGAGAGUGUAUAUGGCCUGAGAGCCUUCACCUUUUUCAUUAGAACAAUAUGCAUGACCCUAUGGCACUGAAGUUGCUCUUUUAAACAACAGGCCUCAGUGCCUUUGACAGCCUCCAACCACAUUCCUAGGUGGGCUUGCCCAGCUGCAGCCUCACCCCCCAUGAAGAUGUGCAGGCAUAAUUUCCCAAGGCAUGCACACUAUGCUUGGAAUUUUUGAUUCCUGCUACGUCUCAAAGUUAAAAAUCCAGACUAUUGCCUUCAAUAAAAAUACUGAAUUUUAUGCAGACAUUUAGACUGUAGCUUCAUUUUUUGUGUUUCAUAAACAUUUAAAUUUACUUGUUUAAUUAUAGUGAUGGUAUAAUUAUUCCACAAAAUUGUUUGAAUGAAGCUAAUUAAAAUUUUAAAUUUGAGUUGGUUUUUAACAUGAGCAUAUGCUUUUAUAUGUGUCCAAACAAAGAUUAGGAAUUAAAAGCAAAAACAGAUUUGGCCAUUUGCUUCAUUACUUGUGCAUUUUACACCAUGUUUUAAUGCCACUAUCCCUUGAAGAGAGACUUGGCAAAAUUCAUUGUUCUGUUCAGUUGAAAAUUAAACGUAUCUGUUCUACUGAUAUCCACAAGAGGUUUUGAGCAGCAGUAGCAUUGAUUAGCAUGUAAUUUAAUUCUGCUAGCUAUUGUUUUCUUUAUAUGCAGUCCCUGAUCAAUGUAAUUAGGUGUAGAUAAUUAGAUUGUAGAGAUUAUCCAAUCACUGACCUUUUGGCCUUUUCAGCACAGUGUUAUUUGCAGAAACAAACCACCUUUGUUUGCGUGAAACAAACAUGGAAUAACAUCCAAAUUAAAUACAACAAAAUUGUUACGUUGUGGAAAUAUCCACUUUGGAGGAAAUGACUAAGUUGGGGCAGCAAGUGGCCAAGAAAGAUUCAUUUAUAUUAACAACAGGUCAUAACAAAGUUCUGUCGUAGCUUUCUUUCAUUUAAUAAAUCAAUUGGAAAUUAUUCUGUCAAAAAUUUCAUGAAGCAUUGUUAGUUGGUUAGAUUGCUGAGAUGAAUUACAAGGGCCAUGUUCUUGACCCGAUGUCACGGCAUUUAAAGAAAUGCACUGAAAUAUAUAUUUGUCAAGCUGGUGGCUCAAUCUUACAGUACAGGAUGAUCACAGAUUCAACCCAUCGUCUGCAUUGAGUUAGCUGACCCCUGUCUCUAGUGUCCCACUCCUGGUGACUAUCUCAUUGGAUGAGGCUUAGUCUCCUUUAGAUAUUCCCCCACCCUUCUUCAUUGGGACAUGUGAACAGUAGCCAAAUGGACAAAGUAUCAGGGCACAGCCAUCCCUCAAAGGAGAGAAAGGGUUUGCAGGUUUUAUUUAGAAAACUGAAUCUAGUUUCUUUUAUAAUCUUCUAAUAUACAUUAAUGAUAUUUUGUACAGCCUCAGUAGAUUCCAGGGGACAUGUGAAAGAUAAAGCUUUUGGGACUCAAUUAUUGUGCAUUUGAAUAAUUAACAAAAAUAACUUGUAAUAUCUAUGUGAAACCAAGUUGAAAGUUGUGUUGAGCUUGCUAAGAACAUUCAAUACUAUGAUAAUUUUAUUUAAAGAAAUAUAGAAAAAAAAGUGUAUAACUUCUGCAACUGUUUUUGUCUAGAAGUGACAUAUUUAAAAGUUAAUGGUAAUUUGAUUUUUAGACUUUGUUUAAAAAUUGUCAUUUUUGAGGUCGGCUAUUAAUUUUCAAUUUGUCUUUUAACAAUGGUUUUGUGCAAACUUGUGAUACAGCUCCUGGUUAGUUUUCUUUCAUAAUUCCAUGCCUUGAACCACUAUUUGAAACUGGAAUCAAUUGUUCACCUUAUCAUCCUAAACCUAGCUGAGAUCAUUAAACAUCUGAAUGGCUGGUGUUUAUUCAUGAUUAAUGUGUAGACAUUUAUCUAAAGUGCCAAGAUUAGAGUAAAAAUUGCUUUCUGCAGUCGCUUUACAUUUUACUAUUAAUGUGGUCAGGUUAAUAUCACUGUCAGAGAUUUGUAACUACUGGCAAGUUGAUAUUUUGCAACCAGUUGUAAUUCAGCAUUGAAACAGUGUUAGUGACUAAAAUAAAAAUGAUAUGAACUUAAAAAUUUCAA